UACAAGAAAAAAGUAUGGCCACCUUAAUUGAGCGGCAUACCAUAUUUACCAGCUGAUUACCAUACUGGCCAUAGAAUACAACAAUAAUGGAAAAAUUGAAGAAGUCAAAGACGCUCAAGAAAUCAAAGGAAACAGCUCUGGUAGUGAAACUAAUUAAAACUCAACGCAAACAGAAAGAAGUGAACCGCGUGUUGAAACUCAAGCAUGAGAUUUUACUGAAAUCGGAAGUUUCCUAUCUAGAAUAUAUUGAGAUGCGCUCGGAGCUCGAGAGACUGAAUACUUUGAAAGAGACAUUUACGCGCCGCCUUGAAAAAUUAAAACAACUGGCAAAAUAGUUGAUAGUAUUAUCAAUGCGUUUUCAUUUAAGCUUAAACAGUAAUUAUAUUGACAAAAUCAAGUGUAUAUGAAAUG